AACUGUAAUCCUUCUCCACAGCUGGGGUCAUCAGACAGCCGGGCUCAGACAAUCCUCAGGCAGUGCAGUGCAGUUCCCCCAGUUCUGAGCCCAAGCUCAGAGGCCAGCUAGUUUCCUGCAGCAUCACCAGGGAUGUAUGAUUGUGAGCCUGGAGGAAGUGAAUAAGCUUUUCCCCCAUGCAUGCUGAGCAUCCCGCGUCUGCCUAUUGGGCCCUGUUGUUUUCUUGCUCUCCUGGGGAGAGACCUUCAUUAAAGCCCCCACUGUGCUCAGCCUAUGGGUUGGACUUUCUCCAGUGGCUGGAACCACUCCUGAGCCGGAGCCUGCAGAGGCCGGCAACCAGUGGAGGAGGCAGGAGCCGUGUCUCACCAUGGAGCAGUACGUGCUUCUGGACCCCCGGCAGAGGGCCCUGUACAGGGAUGUCAUGCAGGAGAGCUACGAAACCCUGAUGGCCCUCGAAUUUCCAAUUUCCAAGCCUGACCUGCUCUCCCGGCUGGACCGAGGGGAUGAGCCGACAGCCCUGGAUCUUCACGUACCCAGAGGUGGCCGGGCAGCAGCAGACAGCACCGCCAGUGGGAAAGAAGAAGAGAAACCCCAGGAAGCGAGCCCAGAGGAGCCAGCCCCGGGAAAAGCCGACGGCGCUGGGAAGGCUCCCCAAAGCCCCGAGGCAGGGGAGAAGCCGCCGGCUAACAGCGGGGAAAGCCCCAACACCUGUGCCGAGUGUGGCAAGACCUUCAGCCACAAGUCGGCGCUGGCCAAGCACCAGAAGAUCCACACGGGCGAGAGGCCCCAUGAAUGCCCCGACUGUGGCAAGACCUUCAUCCAGCGCUCGGACCUGACCAUCCACCGGCGGGUGCACACCGGGGAGCGCCCCUAUGCCUGCCCCGACUGCGGGCGCCGCUUCAGCGUCAGCUCCUCCCUGCUGACCCACCAGCGCACCCAUGCGCCGGGCGGAGAGAAGCCCAACCGCUGCCCGCAGUGCGGCAAGAGCUUCGCCGACCCCAGCGCCCUGGCCCGGCACCAGAAGAGCCACCUGGGCGGCAAGCCGUAUGAGUGCGGCGUCUGCGGCAAGGCCUUCGCCUGGAGCUCCCACCUGGAGCGGCAUCAGCGCAUCCACACGGGAGAGAAGCCCUUUCAGUGCGGGGAGUGCGGCCGGGCCUUCGCCUGGAGUUCCCACCUGGACCGCCACAUGCGCACCCACGCGGCAGCUGCGGAGGAGGAGGAGGCUGAGGAGGAAGCCCCGCCCCCGCCGCAGAGAUGCGCCGACUGCGGUAAGCGCCUCAACCACCAGACGGACCCACAGCGCUUCAAGCACAAGGGGACGCAGACCCAGGACGGCGGCGGGGUGGGAGAGGGGCCCUGCCAGGUCGAGGAGAGUGGCCCUGAGCGGCCCCACCGCUGCCAACAGUGCGGCAAAUGCUUCAGCCAGAGCUCGAACCUGCUCAAGCACCAGCGUGUGCACACGGGCGAGCGCCCCUACGCCUGCCCGGACUGCGGGCGCCGCUUCCGCUGGGGGUCGGCCCUGGCCAAACACCGGCGCACCCACGCCCGGGAAAGGCCCGCCGAGGGCCCGGCGCCGGCCCGUGACGCCGGCGCUGCCGGCAAGCCGUACCCCUGUGGGGCCUGCGGGAAGAGCUUCGGCUGGAUCUCGCACCUGGAGCGUCACCGGCGCAUCCACACGGGAGAAAAGCCCUACCGGUGCGGGGAGUGCGGGCGGGCCUUCGCCGUCAGCUCCCACCUGGAGCGUCACCGGCGCAUCCACACGGGUGAGCGGCCCUACCGCUGUGGCGACUGCGGCAAGAGCUUUGCCGUCAGCUCCACCCUGCUGGCUCACCGGCGCACCCACGCCACCCGGGAGGGGAGGCCUCACCAGUGCCCUGACUGUGGCAAAGGUUUCACUGCCGCCCCAGCCCUGGAGCGGCACCGCCGGCUGCACCGGGGUGAGAAGCCUUACCAGUGCAGUGUCUGUGGCAAAGGCUUCGCCUGGAGCUCGCACUACGACCGGCAUCGGCUCACCCACACCGGAGAAAAGCCCUUCCCCUGUGCCCACUGUGGAAAGCGCUUUGGCCGCAGCUCCCACCGCAACCGGCACCAGCGGGCCCACGCCCAGGCCGGCGCGGAGAAACGGCACAUCUGUCCUGACUGCGGCAAAGCCUUCAGCCUCAGCGCGGCCCUGGCGGCCCACCAGAGACUCCACACCGCUGGCACCGACAGCCCGCUCUCCCUGCUGCCGCCCGCCUGGUGGGAGGCCGAGAGGAGGACCGGGACGACCACGCCACCGCCCGAGGCCUGGGCUGAGGAUCCGGCCACCCGCUUCCAAUGCCCUGUCCCCUCCGCUUCCCCGACUGCUUCCCCCCGGGCCUGGGCGACCAAGCCUCUCUCAGCUCCUGGCGCAUGGAGGCCAGGGGAACGGGAGGCCAGUGCUGCUGCCCCUCUGGAGAGCUGGGCCCAGCAACCUCCUCCCAGCUCCUAACAUGGCUAAGCAGGGUGUGUAGGGGGAGGGGGAACCCCUGUCUUUGGAGAGAGCCAGAAACACCCUCUGCCCUGGAUGGGGCUGGUUGGGGGACUGGCAUGUUCUCCCCCCCCAGCCAGGGGAUUCUCUGCGGGUGAAGGGGGGGUGGCAGUUUGCCCCCUCACACCGGCAGCAUGAUUCACUGCUGAUGCAGAAAAAUGGCCCUUGAGCCGCCUGGUAGCUGAGACCCUCUUCUCCCCCCCCGCAGAAUGCCAUAGGGCCAGGGGGUUCCCCCCACCCACCCCAUACCCAGGCGGAAAUGAGAGCUAGAAGGGAAGGGGGUGGAGGGCUGGGUCUGGGAUAGGGACUA